AUGCUUGUGAACUUGGACAUGCCAUGGUUUAUCCUUGGUCACUCUGAAAGGAGGGCACUCCUCAAUGAAUCAAACGAGUUCUUCGGAGACAAGGUUGCCUAUGCACUUGCUCAGGGUUUGAAAGUGAUUGCUUGUGUUGGUGAGACUCUUGAGCAGCGAGAGGCUGGGUCGACCAUGGAUGUUGUGGCUGCCCAGACUAAAGCUAUUGCUGGAUCCGUGAAUAGUGGUAAUUGUCAGGAGCUAGAUGGUCAGACCGAUGUGGAUGGUUUCUUGGUCGGUGGUCCUUCUCUAAAGGAAACAAAACGACAAGCUCCCAACGAGAUCAAGACUAGCAGAAUGGGGCUUACCAGUCUCACCCACAUGCCCGUUCUGUUCCCGUUUGGACGAAACCAGAGAUCAUCUACUGCUCUCUUGCGAGUACAGUCAAGAGAUUUGGAGGGAGGCAUGAUUCUGACAAUUCCUGGUGUAGAUCCAAGCUCCACAAUGUUAAGCCUUGAUGAAUCUGAGUCGUCGGAUGUUAAACUCAGAAGGUGCGAGCAGCCGUCAGUACUUAUCGAGAAGCUAACGAGAGUUGUUGCAGACAGCUAA